AUGUUUGCAUCAGUCGAAUUUCAACAAAGAAACGUCAAGACGGCGCACGAUCUCAUGAAAAAAUGUUCUGCGAUCCUGAAACGAAACUUUAUGUCAGUUCGUGAACUGCCAAAUUCAGCUGUCGUGAAGGUGAUACAUGAAGUGGUCACACCGUUUGUAUUGAGGAAAGCUAUCGUCAUAGCUACACUAGGAGACAACCUAGCACUACAGUCCCUUACUACUGGCAAACUAGGCAAUACAAAACUCCCUGCGACAUUGGCUAACUUUCCUGCAUUUGACGAGGCGAGAGCUCGGUUCUAUACCCUAGUAUACGACUCAUAUGAAGUGGUUAGACUUGCAGAUUUUGGAGACAACCUCAAGGACGACGAUCCAGGAAAAUUGAUCGUCUUGUUCCAGCGCCAAUUAUUACUUGACGAACUGAAACAAUGGAGAGCAUCCUUCACUGCUAUGAGCAGUCUGAUCUCCGACACAGAAAUCGACUGGAUGGCUUCAUACCUCCUGCUGUACUGGUCGGUCUGCUACAUAUCCCUGACGGCCUGUGUCAGCCCUCGACAGACUAUCUUCGACGACCACAUAGAUCACUUCAUCGACAUCAUCAACCACGCUAUAAUCGUCCUCGGAAACAGCGCUCUAUACGAGCCAAUCCACACUCUGUCCAGCGAAGAGCCCGGCGUCAUCCCAGCCCUGUACUUCUGCGCAACCAAGUGUCGACACCCAAUACUAAGACGACAAGCACUACAUCUAAUACGUCAGACUCCACGACUAGAAGACCUCUGGGCAUUUGUUGCAGUAGAUCGUGUGGUUGCACGAGUCAUCGCUCUCGAAGAGGGCGAAUAUCCGUUUACUUCGUCCCAGUCAGUCUCCCAGCAUAUUCGCUUCCCUCCAGAAGAACGUCGCUUCGCAUACGUAAGCAUCGCAGGUUGUCAGGGAUAUGAGAGCAAGCACCGCCAGGCACUUGAAUUGAGCAGGUUUAUCUUUGCGGCAGGUGGUUCGAAGAGUUUGGUUACGGAGCACUUCUGGCUGGAGGAUGAGGAGGAUGUGUGGGGUGAUACUCAAUGUCAAGAUCUGGGUGUGGUGGCACGAGACAGGGAGUUGUACCUUGGUGUACGACCUUGCCUUACAGCACAGGGUGAGCAUAUGGAAGAUUUGUGGAAGUAUUUGGGCAUGGCUUUCACUAAAAGAUGA